UCACCUCAGUGGCUGGCUGGCUGCCUUGGCUGUGGGCUGUGGCCUCCAGCCUCCUCAAUCAUUCGCCCAGAGAGAAGCGGAGCUCUUCUUCCACCCCUACGGCUCUACCACCAGUCAGUCGCCACCACCACCAAGUCAGUCAGCCAGCCAGACAGCCAGUCCCACCACACCACACCACACCACUGGCACUCACCCCCCACCCCCACCCAGCACCAAAUUAGGGAGGGAGGGGAUGACCACCAGGCCAGCAGAGGGGGGCGCCGCCGCCGCCGACAAGCAGCUCGUCCCCGCCUCCAACGGCAACGCCCUCGCCGUCCGCAAGGCCUCCUCCAAGGACCGCCACAGCAAGGUUGACGGCCGGGGCCGCCGCAUCCGCAUGCCCAUCAUCUGCGCCGCCCGCGUCUUCCAGCUCACCCGCGAGCUCGGCCACAAGUCCGAUGGCCAGACCAUCGAGUGGCUGCUCCGCCAGGCCGAGCCAUCCAUCAUCGCCGCCACGGGCACGGGCACUACCCCGGCCUCCUUCUCCACCUCCUCGCCAUCCUCCCUCCGCUCCUCCUCCUCGUCCCAGACCACACCGCCCGCCGCGCCCUUCAUCCUCGGCAAGCGCGUCCGCGACGACGCCGACGCCGAGCCCACAGUCGCAGCCCCCGCCCCGGGAUUCUGGGCGCUGCCGGCGCGGGCAGACUUCGGCCAGCUCUGGAGCUUCGCGGCAGCGCCGGAGAUGAUGGUGGCCGCCGCGGCAGCGGCGGCGGCGACACCGGCCAUGGCGGGGGAGGCGUCCGCAGCCCGGGUCGGAAACUACCUACCCAUGGCGCAGGGCAACCUCAACCUGCUCGCCUCCUUCUCCGGCGGGCCAGCUCCAACGGCCACAGCCGGACGGGCCGAGGAGGAGAGCGCACGCUGAACAUAGAUAGGGUCCGCCAUCGGCUCAUGCAUCUCCACCUCUACUCUAGGGUUUUAUUUAUUAGGUUUUCUUCCUUGAUUCCGAGACUUGUUGCUCCGGUUUGCUUUGCUUGGCGUCGCUGCUCAACUCUGCGUGUCUCUCCGUGUGUGUGCAACAACUGUCACUCAGCUCACUUCUGGUUUAUUUAUUUCCUCUCUACUAGGCUAGCUUGGUUGCCGAAUUGGGUGGCCUUGAGCAAGAGCACCUGCAAAAUUGCUCUCAUGUCCUCAGCUCACCCACCCCAUGAUCCCAUUCGUCCUAGGAAGGAAUAGCCGCUUGCUCAGUAGUAGUAGGUCUCUUGUUCUGUGUCACUCUACCCCUGGUUGCAGUGCAGCAUCCACAGCUAGUCCUUUUACUCCUUAUCAAGGAGCAAAUCUUGUCCUGGUCAUGGGAGAUUGGGAGGUGUGCGCGUGUGAUAAAAUUCUAGCCAGCCAGCCAGUCAGUCAGUCAGUCAGUGUGCUGUGUUGCUGUCAAAACUCAAAUGUAGUCUCGGUGAGCUGUUCCAAGAAGAAGAAGAGAAGAAAACUUCCUCUUUGCUGGACGAGGGAAAUGGCGUCAAAUUGUCGUCCAUCUCUGCAGCAGCCAGCAGGCGCAUCAGUUCAGCCCCCUCCCUCCAACGUGUCUCACAAAGCAGAGAGGGGAAGAAGAGGAAAAAAGGAAAAAGACCUUUUCUUACCACAAACAGUCAAACAAACAAACAAACAAAGGAGGCUGUCCCUGGCUGUAAGUUGUCCACUUGUUCUGCUGAGCUGCUGUCUGCUUGCUGUCAUUUUGAUUGUUGCCUUUUGUGCUCUUAUCUGGAUUGGAUUAGUCAUACUGCUUCUGCACCUGCUUGUUGGGGAGAUUGAGAACAGUAACUAGUCUGCUAGUCAUCAAUUGUUGGUAGCUCAGUUCAGGUCAUAUGUAUGUAUGUAUGUAUGUAUGUAUGCAUGUGUAUGUAUCUAUGUACGGAUCGUUUGUUGAUCAGGUCAAGAAUUAAUGGACAAAAAUAAGGAUGGAAGAAGAAGAAAAAUCAUGAAUGCAUCCGUCUUCCUCUUCCCAUGGCAUAUUUUCUGUU